GUAAUGAACGGCGCAACAACUGAAGCAGAGGACCAUAGCGUAUACUUGCCUUCUGCGCAUCCGACUGAUCAGAUUGACCCAAUCGAGGGAACAUCAUCGGAGAAUAAUGAUUCGCCAAUUGAUGAAAGCUCGAAUGAUUCGACUACUUCUUCGUUGUCAGUACUAAAGCCCACUGAUCCUGUAAAAUGCGAUACGUGUUCAGUAUUGGCUACGCUAUCGUUUUUCAAGCAGCGCCAGCCAGCGAGUGGCGGCAAAACAGAGGAUAUCUUCAAAAGCUAUUGCAGUAAUUGCAAAACUUUUUUUGGAAUGUCCUCCAAGAAAGUCAGAGGAGUAUUUUCGUUUGUGAAUGAAGAUGGAAGAAUAUUGUCCAAUAGUGAAAGACUUGAAUUCCUUCGUUCUCAGAAAAGAGCCAGAUCCGCUUCACGCUCAAAUAGUGUAUGUCAAGUACCUGAAAAAGGUUCGGGAGUUUCCAAUUCUGACACGUCGACUAAUGGGAAUUCGGAUGAGAAGGACGAAGAAAUUGCUAAAGAAGAUGAUGAAGGCAUCGAUGAGGAUGAUGGUGAUGAGGAAACACCUGAACAAAAAACCACCAUCCCAAAAAAGAAACCCAAAAAUGCGUUUGGUGGAAAAUCAAAGAAAAACAAUUGGGGAACUCGGAAGAAGAGCAAAGCCAAAGUCUCUCAAGUUCAGUCCACGAGUUCCGAGAAAAUCAGUAAAAAGGACCAAGAAAAUGCUCGUCCGAGAGAAACUAAAUUAAGAAAUACGCCAACUGUCACACCAAUCGACAAAAAGAGAGGUCGACCCAUAAAAAUCUCACCAAGAGCUGCGACGAUUUCGAGUGUAUCAACAAAGCCAACACAUACUUCUGAAUUUUUCAAAAGUUCUCCUAUAACGUCACAUGUGUCCAAAACUGCGGAAACUUGCUGCCAAACCGAUACGGAUCUCUUAUUGAAAUCAACAUAUCUCAAGGAAUGCUUCAAUACAACUGUCAGAGAUGCCCUUGGAGAGCCGGUUGCUGCUCGGUUAAAUGAUAUGCCAAUGGUUUUGAAGAAAAAGUUUCUACUUAUGAUUAGAACGAUUAGCGAGCAGGAGAAGCGAAUUUUAAAAUAUGAAGAGAACGAGGAGAAAAGUCUGUUGGCAGUGAAAACGUUGAAAGACUUCGGAAGGUCUACUCGACUCGAAUUUUCCGACAGUUUCCGAAAUAUUCGUGCUGAUUUGGUUGAGAGAAAAGAAGAAUUCAAAGCUCAUGAAGCCGAGGUUGUAGCAGUAAUAAAAAGCCAGACAAGGACAUAUGAAGCUUAUAAGCAACAGAUGCAAAAAAACGCAGAAGAUCAGAAAUUGGAGUACAGCGCUCUGCUGGCAAAAGUUGAGUUCCUCCAACAAGAACUAACAUAUGAGAAGGAUCGAGCUGAAUUCUAUCUGCGAGCAAGAGAUGUAUGCAAAAAAGAACAAAAUAAAGCCAUCGAACAGGCGGAAACUGCUGUGAAGAACUUGAAUGAUCGACUUUUUCUGGCGGAUAACGAGACGUGUACUCGCUGCAAAACUGUCGAGAAGAUACGCAAAAAAAUGACGAUGGAAGUGGCUGAAAUGACUGAAAAAUGUGCACGGGCAAAUCAGGAAAGGAAUGAUGCGGUGGAGAGAGCCGCGUUAUUCGAGUCUGCUGCACAGAAAUUGGGUAAAGAUUGUGAUUCGAUAAAAUACGAACGUGAUUCUUGGAAAGCAUAUGCGGAACGCUACAAGAAAGAUGUCAUAAAAUUGACUCAUACUUUGAAAGAAAAGGAUAAAGAGCUGCUGGACAAAAUCGCUGAAAUCGCUGCAACGCCUAAAAGUAUAACAACACCGAGAAGCGUGGCGUGUACACCGAAUGAUCCUGAAAGGGUUUCUCCUCCGGAAGAUGGGGAGAUAGUUGACACUCCACCUCAUUCAUCUCCUCAAGCUACACUAAAUCCUGCACCGAAAGCUGUCGCCAAGCCGUUGAUACAACAAAUUGUUGAAAAGAAGGCGCCGCCACAAAUCGCGUCCGGUUUUGAAUCAUGGAUUCCGAAAGAAAAAUUGAAUGCUCCGGCGCCUUCCAUUCCAAAAUCGGUUUCUGCUUUUGGAGUUCCAUUGAAACCGCCGAAUGCUGAAUCAGAGAGGCCGAAGGUUGCACCUUCUUCUCAACCGAAUCCGUGGGAAAAACUGGCAAAAUCCACUUCAGCAGCUGCUUCUAAUUCUCUAUUUGAAGCUCUUUCUAAAGUUCAAGCUGAUAAUUUUAGUGGCGGUGGAAGCACUCCGUCGUACUCGAAAUCUUAUUUGGAAGAGAUGAACCGAGUAAUGAGUACAAGAAAACGCGUCGUAGAGGAAGCCGCAGAGGUACAGAAAAAGCCAAAUCCUGCUCCGUCCGGUGUUACUGCGACUCCACCCAAAAAAGCAAAAACGUCAAAUUCUGUUCCGCCAAACAAAAUGGUGUCUGCCGCUUCUACACCUUCGUCAUCGUCUACCCCAGGCCCCGCCAGUACAAGUGUCGGCAGGUUCACUAAUUUGAAAAAGAUUCCGAAACUUAGUGAAAAACCUCCACAAGCCGAAUUUGCUCCAGCUCUCGGAUUGUCUCAGAAAAGUGACGAGUCCGGUGAAAUACCAGGAUUGGGAAUGGAAAAACUAGAUGACAGUGUGAAGGAAAAAGAAAAAGAAGAGAUGAUGAAAAAGAUAAAGCCAGCAGAAUCAACGACUCCCACUGUCAAAGCAUCGCCGGCUCAAAAUCCGAAUAAGCCAAAUACUCCAGCUCAGAAGCAGAAUAAGUUCAAUGGCUCUCCAAAUAAGAAACCAAAUAUGAGACCCGUCAAUCGUACUGGUAAUUCACAAGCUCCUCCCUGGCAAAGAUCCCGACAACCAUCACCACCUCCAUCAAAUCAGUCGCCAUGGCGUCAACAACCUCAGCAACAAUAUGGAAUACAAUCGAAUCAGAAUCGAGGUUUCCAAAUGGAUUUGGGUAUGGACAGGCCUUGGAGCGAUUCUCCGUCUGGGCCAAGUGGUUCACGUUCAAAUAACAGCUUCUCCGACCUACCAUGGCAUCGAGCUCAAGAUACUCCAUUCGGAAAAGUUCCUAUACAGGACAAUUUUGCGAUGAGUGGACCACGUCCGAUGCCUCCGCGUCCUAUGCCACCUCAACAAUCUCCGUUCUUUAAUAAUGCUCCUGGAAACGGCUUCUAUCCACCACAACCACGUGAUUUUUCCCCGCCGCAACCUCCACAACAAUCUCGAAUGUUCCCACCGUCUCAGCCACCAUUUGGAUACGCUGGGCCUCCGAAUCAAGGACGAGGAAACCCACGUUCAUUUUACGGCUAAAAUGCUCUUUCAGGACUCACCUUGUUCAAUUCCUCUAAUCGAUCGCAAAGAUCUCAUCUAGUACUAUUUUAUAAGUAGUGUGUUUUAAUUUUAUAAAUACCUGAUGUAUAGUUUUUGCUUUUUAUACAAUUCCUUUUUUCGUAAUGAACUGUUUUAAAAUU